CUCGUCCUCUGUUCGUGAGCACCGAUGUGCAGCCACUCCGGCGGGCGGCGGCGUUGCACGGCGACUCCAGCAGCUCCGGAGGCGCGGAGACCCCAGCCACCAGGAAGCAACCGCGGGAGGCUCGGCUACUCCGGCACUACAGGCGCCGCUAUUGCCCCAGCACCACGGGCCCGGCGGCGAAUCUGGCAAGCACGUGUGCCGCAUCUCCGGCGACUAGGGACUCCCUCUGACUGGAUGUCCAGAAUGUGGAAGAGAAUCGUGAAGCAGUCAGCGACAUCUCUGAAUCCGGGCAAAUAUUCAGUGAAAUGCCCAAGGAAUGGCAAGGAUAUGAAGGUGAAAGACUGGCGUUUCUUCAUGUGGCUGGACAAGUACUUGGACAUGGUCGAGGAAAUUUGGAUGAUAAAUGUGCUCAUCAUGGGCAAUGCGUCUGCUCGCCGCGUGUCACGAGAAAUGCAGCGACGUAUUGAUGCUAUGAGGGCUGAAAAUGAUGCUACAAGAGCUCAAAUUGAUGCUAUUAGGGCUGAGACUGCAGCACUUGAUCGACGUAUCGAGAAGUUGGCCGCCCAAAAUGCAAAGCUUCAGGCCACAACAGAAACCAGUACAGCACAUGCUUUUGGAUACUUGUGAAGUCCGGAAAAGGCGAAGGCCAAGACGAAGCUCAUGAGAUACUGAAGGGAACAUUAUCGACGGACAAGAACGAUUUGGUCUUUCAGCGGUUUCGGAUGAACUACAACAACGACCCGGAGAUGUUCCAGAAGGGUUCGUGUACUUACCAGCCAAAGGUAUUCUGUCCAUCAUCCGAGAGAUGUUUUUCAAUAAAAAUGAGUAGUACUGCUAUGAUGAGAAGAAUAUGAUUCUUGUAGUCUGCACCAGUUUCUCCUCUAAUGGCCUACAGUGCAGGUGGUCCAAACCACAACCUUGAACUUGGCUAACCGUCUAAAUCACCACCCUAACCUGCUUAGACCGAUCUUGAUAUCGGUUCUCUUUUCUUCUUUCUCCUCUCCCUCUAUCUCUCUCUCCUCUGUUUUGUUUACUUCUCUCUCCCCGGCCAUGAUUCUCUCCAGCCCAUGCCCUAGUCAAGAGGCAACUUGCUGCCGUUGGUGCUCAUACAUCUGCCUGCCGCUCACGGCGGCACUUCCUCACCUCUUCCACUCAUCCUCGCGCACCCUGCCGCUACCGCUCCUGCGUUUGGUGAUGUGACGUCGGCCCGCUGCUGCUCACCGCUCCCGCGUUUAACUGGGUUGGUGGUGGGGGUGAUUUUGGGUUUAGCGAGUUUGAGGUUGUGACAACUCAAGUAUAGGGGCCCAAUUCGGACUUCUCUCUUCCAACAAGAAUGAGAAGAAGAUGGUUUCUCUGCUAAUGGCCUAGAUGAGUGCAGCUGGGAGUGUUUGCAGAGGUGGAAGCCGGCGGAGAUGUGAUUGUUUUUUUUUCUUGGGCCAGAUAGUUUUGGAGAAUGAUAUGUUUAACCGGAACCGGAAAUGAUAUGUUUCUUUUAAGAGGGGGACAGAAAUGAUGUGUUUCGAAACGACACGGUUGUUAAAAAGGUCGUCGGGCGUUCGAUCUGCUAAAUAUUAUAUAUAAGACUUAUAUUUAGGAACGGAAGAAGUAUUUAGUGGAAUCUCUAAAAAUCUUUUUAAAAAGGUCGUCGGAUGUAUAUUAUAUAUAGUGCCUUUUUUCCCUGACUCUUAUAUAUAAUAUACUUCUUCCGUUCCUAAAUAUAAGUCUUUCUAGAGAUUCCACUAAACACUACAUACGGAGCAAAAUGAGUGAAUCUACACUGUAAAGUGUAUCUAUAUACAUCCGUAUGUAGUCCGCAUUGAAAUCUCUAAAAAGACUUACAUUUAGGAAGGUUGUGCUAGACAUUAGCACAUGGCUUUUUGUAGUUUUGAACCCUGCGUCCAUGUUUUUUUUAUAUAUUUCAACUCUUACGUGCCUUU